UGAGAAUGGGUCUGGGGAAAAGUGGGCUGGAACUGAGGGGGGGGUGGGAGAGUUUGAGGGAAACUUGACUCCUCCCCCCUUGCCCACACUUUAAAUAGUCAAAGCCUUUACGGGACUUUUACAGAUCAAUAUUAGUAGACAGUUGAAAACCAAGGCAGAUUUUGGCAUCACAAUGAAAGGUGACGCGGAGAGAACGGACCCCUCCAACGGCCACGGCCGGCCCCUGGAGAUGGUCCCGCAGACGGAGGAGAAGAUGAAGGAGAGGGGCCAGUGGAGCAACAAGCUGGAGUUCGUGCUGUCGGUCGCCGGGGAGAUCAUCGGCCUCGGCAACGUGUGGCGGUUCCCUUACUUGUGCUACAAGAAUGGCGGAGGCGCGUUCUUCAUCCCCUACCUCAUCUUCCUCUUCACGUGUGGGAUCCCUGUGUUCUUUCUGGAGACGUCUCUGGGCCAGUUCACCAGCGAGGGAGGAAUCACCUGCUGGAGGAAGAUCAGCCCGCUGUUCGAAGGCAUUGGUUACGCCACGCAGGUCAUUGUGGCUUUGCUCAACUUCUAUUACAUCAUCGUCCUGGCCUGGGGGAUCUUCUACCUGAGCUUCUCCUUCUCGUGGGAUCUCCCGUGGUCCUCCUGCAACAACACCUGGAACACGGAAUCUUGCGUGGAGUUUCAGAGGAGGAGUGAUUCCCCCAACUUAACCAUGGCCGUGAAUGCUACUUCCCCUGUCAUUGAAUUCUGGGAACGGAGGGCCUUGAGGAUCUCCCCUGGGAUCGACCAGAUCGGCCACCUGCACUGGGACCUGGCCGUCUGCCUCCUGGUCGCCUGGAUCAUGUGCUACUUCUGCAUCUGGAAGGGCGUAAAGUCCACGGGAAAGGUGGUAUACUUCACCGCCACCUUCCCCUACGUCAUGCUGGUCAUCCUCCUGAUCCGCGGGGUCACCCUGCCUGGUGCCUCCAGGGGAAUCCAGUUCUACCUGUAUCCCGACCUGGGCCGACUGGCCGACCCUCAGGUGUGGAUGGAUGCUGGAACCCAGAUCUUCUUCUCCUACGCCAUCUGCCUGGGCUGCCUCACGGCACUGGGGAGCUACAACAAGUACAACAACAACUGCUACAAAGACUGCCUGGCCCUGUGCUUCCUGAACAGCGGCACGAGCUUCGUAGCCGGCUUCGCCAUCUUCUCCAUCCUGGGCUUCAUGUCCUACGAGCAGAACGUUCCCAUUUCCGAGGUGGCGGAGUCCGGUCCUGGGCUGGCCUUCAUCGCCUACCCGCGCGCGGUGUCCAUGAUGCCUUUCUCCCCGCUGUGGGCCUGCUUCUUCUUCAUCAUGAUUGUCCUGCUCGGGCUCGACAGCCAGUUUGUGUGCGUGGAGAGCCUGGUGACGGCCGUGGUGGACAUGUACCCCUCCGUCUUCCGGAGGAAGAACCGCAGGGAGCUCUUCAUCCUGGCCGUGGCCGUCGUCUCCUACCUCAUCGGGCUGAUCAUGCUGACGGAGGGGGGCAUGUACAUCUUCCAGCUCUUCGAUUACUACGCCGCCAGCGGGAUGUGCCUCCUGUUCGUGGCUGUUUUCGAAACGGUCUGCAUCGCCUGGAUUUACGGCGCUGAUCGUUUCUAUGACAACAUUGAAGACAUGAUCGGCUACCGCCCGGGACCUCUGAUCAAAUACUGCUGGCUGUUUUUCACCCCCGCCACGUGCUUCGGUACCUUCGCCUUCUCUCUGAUCAAAUACACGCCUCUGAAGUACAACAACGAGUACGUGUACCCCUGGUGGGGUUACGCCCUGGGCUGGCUCCUGGCCCUCUCCUCCAUGGUCUGCAUCCCCCUCUGGGCCACCUACAAAAUCUGCACUACCAAGGGAACCAUGAGAGAGCGCAUUCACAUUCUCAUUCAGCCCUCUGGCGACCUGCCCAAGACUAAGAGGGAGCAGGAGAAGAUGCUGGCCAUCUUCACCCUCGACGGUGACAACCUGCCCCCGCGGGCGGAGGCCUCCAAAGAUGGCUACCUCCCCGUGCUCCAGAAAGACACAAACUGCUAGGGUGCCCCGCGUCCCCCCGCCAACCCGUCAGCCCGACACGCGUCCGCAGACAACCUCCACCCCGGCCCUCAAUACCACAGAUACCACGUCCAAAUAGAGAGAGAGAGUCCUGUUUCGCUCCUGGGAAGGGGAAGUAUUGGGGAGUUGGAGCAGAUGGACAUUUUGAGUGCACCGGGUUUCUUAAAUAUUUGUCGGGUCCACGAAGGAUCAGCCAGGAUGCUGCUGGUGGGCCGUCAUCAUCCAAGAAUCCCUCCCUGCACGCAUACACACACACACACACACACAUAAAUAAUCAACACACACAUACACACACACACACACACACACACCAUGCACGUACUCUCACACACAGCCUCUGAGCUAAUUGUCUGUGGUGCUGUUGGACUGAACCUGGUUUUGUGUUGGACAGCAGUGUUGCGCUCUUUGUCCCAGAGAGAGAGCACACUGUGGCAUAAGAUGCUGAGGCAUCCGUGUGGUUUUCAGAUAUCUGAGUUCAACCUGGAGUGGCAUCUGCUUUCUAAGGAAGCUUGUUUCUUCUACAGGAACAUAAAAAUGUUCCACUCACAGCAUACGUUCAUUAGUACAAAUGGAUAAUUGUGGGUAGCGCUAGAAUUAGCUACAGCUAUGGGCAUGGGGGGUGGGUCAUGGUACGGAAAUAACACCACCACCCCCCCCACACACAUCUCAACUCACCUCAACCCAAAAGCAUCAUGGGAACCAGCAGAUGAAGUGUCAACGACUCAAAGAAAAAGUGCUCUUUGGUACUAUAGUAUGAGAUUAUUCUUAAUCACUAGGUAAGCUAUUCCUGUGGUUGCUAUAUUAUAUUACAUUACAUUACAGGCUUUUAGCAGACACUCACAUCCAGAGAGACUUACACAACAUUAUACAUGGUAUUUACAUUGCGUCCAUUUAUACAGCUGGAUAUAUACUGAAGCAAUGCUGGUUAAGUAUCUUGCUCAAGGUUACAACGGCAGUGUCCUACCUGGGAAUCGAACCUGUGACCUUCAGGUUGCAAGACCAGUUCCUUACCCAUUAUACUACACUGCCGCCCCAUUGUCAAUGUACCACCUGACAUUGCUGUGUUUACUGUUUGACAGUAUUCACUAGGUCUGCUUUCACCCCAGGUGUGAAGGGAGUCUGCAGUGUUAAAGGCAGAAUAAGGAAAUCCGAAGACAUACUGGAAAAUGUCUGUCAUGCUGUUUCUGAACAGAAAGUCUGUAAAGCCUAGAUAUGAAGCCAACAUUCACAGAAGUAGUAGCCUCCAUGGGUAGGGAGUAGGGACACAUGCUAUAGCUUCUCCCUCAUAAUAGAAUAAGCGAGUCGUGAAUGACGUUAUAAUAAUUAGCUGGUUGCCUCUGAUGAAUUCCUUUCCAGAUGUACACGUUUUGUAUGAUAUUUGUACAGUGUUUUCAUGACCUCCAACCCCAUGGGGUAAAACAUAGGACCAAAACUCUGCUGUGGAUUGGUCAGCUAUGCCCAACGGGCUCUACAGCCCUGGCGAUUCCUCUUGUAAACAUAACUGGGAAAAGAAAACCUCACUCUCAUCGAUUAAAUCAAGCAUUUUCAUUUCCAUUCAACAUUCAUGAUCAAUAAUGGUGGUAAUUCUUCUAAAGGUGAAUGCUGAAAGCUGUGGGUACUUUAAUUACCUCAAACAAGUGGACCAAUGUGUACAUACAGCUGUGACGUAUUGCCUUAUUAGUCAUGGCCAUUUUAUUCUUCAAAUGAUAUUCUGGACAGCAUGUCCUUACAUAUACAGUGUUUAUCCGUUCCUGUUUUUGCCAGCUGUUUAAAGUGGAAGUCCAAAAUGUGGUAAAGAACACGGUAACAAUGGCUAUAAAGAAAUAAAGUUACAAAUGUCUGUAUAUUUUUAAAUUGGUUAUAUCCUGUGCAUAUUUAAUGGUAUAACAUUGGUUUGAAUUUGGGAAUGUAAAACAUUGUAUAUAUAUUGAAUCAGAAAAGGUGACACGUGGUCAUUAUUUUUGACAUUUGACUUAAGAUCAGAUGAAGCAUUCAUGUAAUAAAUAAUGACAAAAAAGAAAGACAAUAACUAACAUCACGAAACAUAAUUUCCUCACUGUUUUUGAUAUUCAUAUUCAAAAGUGUAGUCAUUCAGUUAUAUAAAAAUAUGUUAUCUUUCUUUAGAGUUUUUAUUGUAUUCACUGUUGUAGUUCAAACUGUAUUUUCCUUCAGUGAAACACUCCUUGUGUGUACAUAUUUGUUGUGCAAUACAGAAAAUAUUAUUUUAAAUGUUAUCACUUGGAUUAAAAAUGGCACUAUUAUAUAAAACAUUUAUAUUAAAAAAGAGAAAAGCCGAGAUGAAAUGUUUCUUCACAGUGACUUGUUUGAAAUGUGGCCACUUUUAUUUCAAACUUUUCUGUUAUCUGUUAUAUAUUGGAUAUCUGUUAUGUACUUAAUUGUCAGUUCAUCCAUCUCAUUGUGAUACACUAUAUGGCCAAAGGUGUGUGGACAGCUGACAUCCAACAUCUCAUCCAAAAUUAUAGGCAUUAAUAUGAGUUGGUCCACCCCUUUACUUCUAUAAUAACCUCCACUCUUCUGGGAAGAGUUUAUACUAGAUGUUGGAACAUUGCUGCAGGGAUUUGCUUCCAUUCAGCCAGAAGAGCAUUAGGUCGGGCACGGAUUGGGUGAUUAGGCCUGGCUCGCAAUUGGCUUUCCAAUUGAUCCCAAAGGUGUUGGAUGGGGUUGAGGUCAGGGCUCUGUGCAGGCCAGCCAAAUUCUUCCACACCGUUCUUGACAAAACCAUUUCUAUAUGGACCUAGCUGUGUGCCCAGGGGCAUUGUCAUGCUGAAACAGGAGAGGGCCUUCCCAAAACUGUUGGGGAAGCACAGAAUCAUCUAGAAUGUGAUUGUAUGCUGCAGCAUUAAUAGCAUUUCCCUUCACUGGAACUGAGGGGCCCAGCCCAAACCAUGAGCAACAGCCCCAGACCAAGGGGUGUCCAGAUACUUUUGGUCAUGUAGUGUAUUCUUCAUCAGUUUGGGAGGGCACAGACCAGAGGACGCAUUGACUGAAAUACCUGCCACAAACUGUCACCACAUUCUGCCUGGCCCUCAGACAGCUGAGCUGUGCAGUGACUGUGCUAAUAUAUUGCAUUUCUUGCACAGUUGGUGCAGGCUGACCACAGGUGACUGAUUUACAGUUACCCAGGCGUCUGCAGUUAAGAUUAGAUUCCCUUACCAACUAGGCAAAUAUCCCAUGGACCCCCUCAACACAAUUAAAAUACGUAUGAUAAAUCCUUGCCGGAUAUCUUUUAUCCAUUUUCCUGAUAAAAGAAAAUGAAAUUAAACGUUAUCAGAAAGCAUAAUAAGGCAAAAAGAUUAUAUGUACACUAACAUCACAAGGACUGUGAAUCUUUAAAAGGUUACAAAAAGUAACAGUGUUUCAAAGGAUCUAUUGCUGUCUUGGUGCUUAAAAAAUGAUAGGAAAGUUACUACUUACAUUCCUCUCUGAACAUGAGGAGACUGUUUAAUCUGGGUUUUUAAUUGUCUGCAUAAUGUGAGUCACAACUGUAUAAUGUGCAUGUGUAAUUACACCAAAGACAAUGGUUGGGAUUCAAUCCAUUUUCUUGCUACAGAUGUUGGCCUAUAUGGACAUUUUGUUAGUGCCAUUGAAUGUGUACGAUGUAACAAAUAAAAUGAAUAAUGAUCAAA